AUGUCCAACGCGCCAUCAGCACCUUCGGGCGUUCUGCUACGGCACAAUCCAUUAUUCCUCAAAUUACCUCCAUAUCUGUCCUUUCUCUGCAUAGUCAUUGGCGUCGCAUGGCUCCUCGUCCUACCACUGAACGACUACUCACGGAAGACAUACAUUUCCGAGAACGCGCUGCUGCCCGGCCAGGUCCACACGUAUUUCGCUGGGAGCGACCAGAAUGUGUUCCGAGGGUACAAGCACGAGGUUGAUGCGCUGGAGGGGAGGAGCAACAUUGAGGUGAACGACAAGUUGGAAGAGUUUUUCAAGGCCUCCGGGUUGAAGGUUGCAAGGCAAAGUUACAGGUACAAGUCUGCAGGGGAGACGUAUUCGGGGGAGAACAUAUACGCCAUACUCCAUGCUCCUAGAGGAGAUGCUACAGAAGCUAUUGUUCUUGUUGGAGCUUGGAAGAACAUUGAGAAUGAACUCAAUCGAAGUGGGGUGGCUCUCGUUCUCACUUUAGCCCGGUAUUUCAAAAGGUGGUCUCUCUGGUCGAAGGAUAUCAUUUUUUUGGUCACAGCCGAUAGCACGGCUGGACCGCAGGCUUGGGUCGAUGCGUACCACGAUACUCACCAAUCUCCAGCCAUUGACUCUCUUCCCUUGAAGAGCGGCGCAUUGCAAGGUGCUGUCGUAAUCGACUACCCGUUUGACCACCGAUUCGAGUCUAUCCAUGUCGUCUACGACGGUACCAACGGCCAACUUCCCAACCUGGACCUCUUAAACACUGUAGUAUCUAUUGCAAGCGGUCAAAUGGGAAUCGGAGUCUCCUUGCAACAGAUGUGGAAGCAUUCGGACAGCUACCACGAUAGACUUCAGACUAUGCUUCGAGGGAUGUUGAAGCAAGGCCUCGGACAUGCUUCCGGGCCUCACAGCAGCUUCAUUCCCUACCAUGUAGACGCCAUUACCUUGCAGCCUUUUGGAGAAGGUUGGCAAGAUGAGAUGGCUAUGGGAAGAGUCAUUGAAAGCACGUUCCGAAGUCUCAACAACUUGCUGGAGCAUCUCCACCAGAGUUUCUUCUUUUACUUGCUCAUGCAGUCCAAUCGAUUUGUGAGCAUUGGAACCUACCUCCCAAGCGCGAUGCUUGUGGCUGUCAACUUUACUAUCAUGGCAAUCUUUCUCUGGAUCAAGAGCGGCUCGCCAAAAAUGUCAGCCAAAGCGUCUCCAUCUGAGGCUGAAAAGAAGCCAUUGGUCAUGGUAAAGGAAGGAGGAAUCAAGGCUCUCGUCUCAGAGGAGGUUGUCAUCGUCCGAGAAAGAGAGCUGUUUCUUCCUCUGGCUAUUGUAGCCGCCAUCCAAUUCCUUGGAGUCUUACCCCUUUUUGUUUUCAAUCACACGCCUCAGAAUAUGCUGCAAGCAAUGUUUAUCUUCUCCGCUCUACUCAAUUGCGUCCUCCCCUUUCUCCUCUCCUACGCUCUUGUAACCUACUUCGUCCCUACCCGGCAACAAUACACGCUCAUCAAAGCCUUCUCCCUCCUCUUUCUCGGCAUGUUCCUCUCGGCUCUUGCAACCCUUAACUUCUCGCUCGCCUUCCUCAUAGGCCUCUUUUCCACCCCCUUAACCUACAUCCAGCCUCUACCUCGCCAUCCAAUCAUGGCCGGCAUUCUAGCGAUCCCAUUGACUAUGCUAGCGCCUACCACGAUCGUCGUGGUGGGAACGAAAUACUGGGGUUUGAGUAUUACCCAUGUGCUGAAGGAGGCGGCGUUUGGCUGGGAUGUUUGGGGGAUGAAUACCCAGGUCAUGGUGUGGUGUGUCUGGUGGCCCGCUUGGUUGAUUGGGAUGAUUGUGUUGUUUGGGAGACCGAGGGAAGACGGCGAGGAAGUUGAGGUAAAGCUCGUGAAAGGAUAG